CUAUUUUUGGCCCUCGUGACAGUAAUUGAAGGCUGCAGGAAAGGUAUAAAAGCAGCUGCAGGUCUCCGCUGGACAGCUAGGGAGAAGCCUUCGCCUGCCACGGCUGUGCGCCCUGUGCCUGGACACAGCCUGGCCUUUGCCCCCAGCUCAGGACAGGACUGACCUUGCUGUCACCUCCCUGCCACUCCAGGCCCCUGGGUUUCAGGUCACCGCUAUGCGGUCUCGACUCCUGCUGUCGGUGGCCCCGCUGCCCACCAUCAGGGAGACCUCGGAGGAGAUGCUGCCCGCAGACCCAGGGCCGGAGCCCCCAGCUUCUCCCAGCCUGGAGGACUAUGUGAAGUCUAUCUGCCAACUGGCACAGCCCACCACCGUGCUGGACAAGGCCACCACCCAGGGCCGAGCCAGUCGACCCCACUGGGCGGCCCGGGACAGAGGGAGGAGCCCAGCUUCUUUCCCUCAGGAGAUCUCUCCCUUCUUCAGCGGCCCACGGCCCACACUGCCCUCUGCUGGUGCCGCUGAUCCGUUGGACUGGCUCUUCGGAGAAUCCCAGAAAAAGCAAAGUUUGCCGGACUUGCCCAGGGCGGCAGUCCCUUCCGCCAGGCCGUGGGGCACGCACAGGCAGGCGGACCGCAGCAAGGCCAGGACGCCAGAGCGCUCCCUGGUGACACCAUCGCAGCAUGGGCACCAGAGCGCCAGCCUGCGGAGCCGGACUUUCUCAGCCUCUCGCUGCAGCCCCCGACCUAGCAGCAUCCUGCGCUCUGUCUACUCACAGCUCCCUGUGAUUCACGAACUCUGAGCCUCCUAAUAAAGGCUUCCACCACAGUC